AUGGCCCCCAAGCGAGUUCUUGUCGAGAAGCAUGGCCGCCACGCCGCCGCCCCCAAGGGCUACAUUGCCGCGACCUACGACACCCUGACGUCGCCGGAGAACGCCUCAGUCGUGCGCAGCAUUGCCGUCUUUGGCGCUGCUGUCGCUUUCCUCUCGAGCCCGUUCAGCGAAUUCCUUCUGCCUCCGUAG